GGAAAGAAAUCCUUUGCAUGCACGAUUCAGAGAAGAUUUCUAUCGAUUGAGACAUUUUCGGAGUUUGGAGGGUUGAUUUACAAUAAGAUGUAGUGUUAUGAAUGAUGGGAUCGUCGAUUUGCGAGGGAGAAUAGUCGGGAAGAAGGAGAAGUCGGCGGAAUCGAAGGGAUUUGGGGAGGAAAUCGGCGAUAUCGCCUCGGAUGGGUUGAGAGGAAAUCGGGGAUACAAGGGAAAGACAACGCCAGCAACGAGGACUGCGGCAGUUAACGCCGUCGUUGAUGAUGUCGAUGAGGAAGGUAUGAGCGAGGAGAAAGCGCAGAUGGCUAGCUCAAACAUGCAGGGACGGGUUUUUUUAAAAUGGCGGCGACGUAGAAAAACGCCGUGGUCGAGUUCAAACGGCGGUGGCUGGGUGAAAUGCCGAGGGUUUCUGGACAAGGAGGCUAGAAGAAAAGGGGCCACUGGCGUUGGCCUCGAGUUUCGCCGGUGGCGAAGGCGAACAAUGACAGUCGAUGGCAUCAUAGAAGUGAAGAAGUCUGAAGAAAUGAAGACUGUGCAGGAUUGAACGAAGACGAAACCUCACCCAGAAACGAAACGUUUCUGGGUUCCCUCCACUCAACUUAAACGAAGAGGCAAAGCGGCGUCAUUGUGGAGUCUCGGAUUUUACCGUUGAGUGGACUGUUACCGUUGCCAAUGGAGAGAAGACAAUUGUCAUUUACUUUACAGUCAAUUUGAAUUUCUGUUUUCAUUUUAUUUUCCCCUGAGUUUGUAACGUGAAGAACACAGUUCAGAUUGAUAUAUAAAUCAAAUGCAGAGAACAAC